UACAUUUGCCUAGAUUGCCACUGCAAUAAUAUCUAAACAUUUUCUCGGUUGUAGGCUAAAUUCACAAAUUGUGUCCCAAAAAUGAACCAGGACAAUGACAUCCUCAGCAUUCCCGAGGAGGUAGUUAGCUACCUGAGGAAACUGCGAAAACGUGAACGACAAUUGAUCUACAAAAAGAAGUUUCUGAAGACUCGCUUCUUGGAUAUGGGCGGACGUCUGAAGCUCCUCGAGGGUCGAGACGAGGAUCUACCCUGUAUGGUGUCCUCCAAGAAUGUCUAUCAACUAAGCACAGUACGUGUGGUGCGAGAGAAUCUGGUCAGAAUGCUGGCUACCACUUCGGAGGACUAUGUCAAGUGCUACUUGGAACUGAGUAUUGUACAAAGGAGUCUCAACCAGGAUUUACAGACAACUCUCAGGAACCUGAAUCAAAACCAAAUGCCAAGUAAUGCAAUUGAACAAAAUUAACAGAGAAAUAAAGAAUUAAAUCGAAAAUAUA